AUGACGAAAUUAACUGCUAUAUCAUUGAGAGGAACUGUGGCUACUGGAGAAUUUGCAUAUGCACCAUCAUCUGGAGUUUUACCUAAUGAAACUCAGGAGACGCAACAAUUUAAUACCGCAGAUCAUGUUGAGGAGAAUAUUAAUGCAGAAUCUAAUUCUGAUGAUGAUUUAAAUGAAAUGAUGAAUGCUGGUUUUGGAUCUGGAGGUUCAUUCAGUCAAGCAGUAGGUGAAAAUGUGGGUUUAGAGAAUACAAAAAAUGAUAAUAGUCAACAUAAUGUGCAAAAACAAAAAAGGAAAGAGUUGUCUAAUGACCCUGCAACAAAGAAAAAAAAAGGAUAA